GUUACAAAGUAAGAUGGCGACUGGAUUUAGAAGAACUGUCUAUGAGGGUGUUCAUUAGUUUGCUUCGCAAUACCCUGUCUUUUGAUUAACAAUGCCAGCUCCAACUGGAGAAGAAAGAAAGAAAUGUCAUGCAGCGCGAGAUAGCUAUUUCGCUUGCCUGAAGUCAAAUGGAAACGAAGAAUCCGCCUGUGCAAAGGAGAAAGAUCAGUACACUUCCGUCUGUCCUGCAGCCUGGGUGUCUUAUUUUGCCAGGAAACGUGUUUACGAUGAUUAUAAAAAGAAAUUGAAUGAGGAGGGGUUUAUUCUGACAGAUAAACAGUCAUCGAAGAACAAGCAAUAACAUUCUGCCGUCUGCAGAUGAAAUAAUUAAAGCCUGGUGAUGGAUGGAGACACGGAAGUGUGCUGUCUGUAUGAAACAAAGCAAUGCACAAACUCGUGUUGUUUUACAAUUUGCCAUUAAUUAAACUGCAAACAACACCAUAAACAUUCAUGACUACUUUUUUUUUUAGAACUCCAAACAAACAUCAGCCACAAUACUGUAAUUUAGCCGGCCAGUGUAAA